AUGUCUGGUCAGCUGCCCCAUGGUGCCGAGGGUGCUGCUGCGUUGACUGUGAUAUUCGCUGCUGUCAGUUGGAUAUGCUCGGCGUUCAUGAUAUGGCUCACAUGGACGCAUAACGAGAGAAUAUCGUAUGUCGCCUGUGUAGCUUAUUUCACACUCCUAAGCACGACGGCUUCCUUCAUCCAGCAGAUACACGUCAUCGCCUUCUACCGCGAUGACAUGAUCAAGGAGUUUGAGCGCAAGACCGCGCACCCCAAUGCCGAUAACAUCAACAUCGCGAACGGCUCCGUCGGCUUGGAUUUGGCGCUCUUCUACGUUCAGUUCUUCUGCUACAAUGUCGAGUCCAUGUUCAUUAUGUUCUGGGCGUCCGAGCUGGCGCAAUCCAUCUACGGAUUGACCGAGAAAGCGGCCACGAGACGAAUACUAUGCAAGGUCAAUGCAGGCGGCAAGGUAGUGGCUGUCAUCUUUCCCCUUGCUAUCGUGCUUGCUCUCCAAGCGCCAUCAGUACAGAGCCAUCUCCAUCGUUUUGUGGUCCUGGCUGCUGUUCCUCUUUUCUUCAGUCUCGGCCUCGGCAGCCUGUUGCUGUUGGCUAUUCUGGUGCGAUACAUACAUAGCCGGCGGAAAUUACGUCGCUUCAGUUCAAGUGACGGAUACUCAACCGACCCAGAAAGCUCCCAAGGUGCGGGCAGGAGGGCCAGGGGGGUCAGAUCCAGCUGGAGCACGCGGUCUAGCUCUACUAAAGGCAUAUACGAUCGGUGGCUCCUGACGCGCUUCACUAUCGGCUUUGUGCUGCUCACCGUUUUUCAGAUAGCCACCGUCCUCUUCCAAGACUUCUCAAAGCGAAACGCAGCAGAGGACGUCUCCUCAGGGACAGUCGACCUCAGCGUAGCCCGAGCUCGCGACACGCUGUACCUCUUCAUUCCCGGGAAUACCCCCGGGAUCGCCAUCUUCGUCGUGUUCGGGACCACGAGUGCGUUCCGGCGGCACAUAUACCGCACAUUCAUCCCAAGACGAUGGCAGCGCAACCGUGCGACGUUUCUGCUUGAGGAUGGCAGACCAGCUAGCACGAGUCCGGGCGCAAGUCCUAGAUGCUCGACUAUCACCGCGGUGCCUUCGCGGCAGGCCAGCUUCGUGAAGAACCACCGUAGGGAGCCAGGGAGUGGAAGCACCGUGUGUAGCGCCGCGAGUCGGGAGGUGGAGAUGCAGACGACGGUCGCGGCGAGGAAGGAGAGUGGGAAAGGCAAAGAAGCAGAAGAACGCCUGGGCGACGUGGCGGAAAUAGGUGUGGGGUAUGGCGAUGACAUCCCGGCAGUCGCGAGACCCGCGGCUGUGAUCGCUCCUGCGCUUGUGUAUGGGCGCGGAGAUCCAGAGCUGAGUGAUGGUUCGAGAAAUAUCGUUGUUAUUUAUAAGUGUGGGGGCUCUUGGAGGCGGUGA